GUUCUCUACAUUCAUCUUUGAUUUUGACUUUUGCCAGCCCUCGAAUCUAAGACUUCUGAAUCAUUGUUAUAUAUACCAUCUGCACGUUGUCGGCGUGCGCCUAUCAUACAUCAUGUCUCUGGCUUCUCCAUCGAAAGCCGGCGCUCUCUGGAAGGGAAAGGAAAAAGCCACCGACGAUGCCUACGACGACCUCACACCAGUCAUAACCUAUCGCCAUAUUUUAUCUCAGAGUCUUGGUGUCAAAGAUCCACUACGUGUUGUUGCACUAUGCGACAGCGAUGCUUUCUAUGCAGCAUGCGAACAAGUCAGACUUGGCCUCGACCCAAACGUGCCCAUGGUCGUGCAGCAGUGGGAAGCGUUGAUUGCGGUGAACUAUCCCGCUCGCAAGUUUGGCAUCUCGAGGAUGGACAGAGUCAAAGACGCGAAGAAAAGGUGUCCAGAGCUCAUCGCUGUACAUGUAGCAACUUACAAAGAGGGGCAAAAGGAGCCUGGAUAUUGGGAUGAUGUCGAUUCGCAUACUCAUAAGGUUUCCUUAGACUAUUAUCGGCGAGAAAGUAUGAAGAUUAUCAACAUGUUCAAGGAAAACCUGCCUGGAGGAGAAAUCGAAAAGGCAUCAAUAGAUGAGGCCUUUAUAGAUUUCACUCGCCCAGUGCGCGAAAAAAUUCUUGAGCGGUACCCGUAUUUAGCGGAAGUUCCUCAUGAUGCUCCCAAUGGCAUCGAUAGUCCUUUACCGCCGCCGCCGCCUAUUAGUUGGAAUGCUAUCGGCUUCCUCGUACCUGUCACGCCUUCGGAGAGCGCAGGAAACGAAGGCGAGGAACUACUUCGUGGUGAGGACGAUGAUUCGACCACCUGGCACGAUGUCGCACUCUCUAUAGCUGCAGAACUGAUGGACCAAAUCCGUAAAGAAGUGCACACCAAACUUGGUUACACUACAUCAGCAGGUAUUUCACGAAACAAGUUCUUGGCCAAGCUUUGUGCUUCCUAUAAAAAGCCGAACAGUCAAGUAUGUUCAAUCUUGCGAAACACUGCGAUCCCCAAUUAUCUCAGGCCGCUACCCUUCCAAAAGAUCCGAUUUCUAGGAGGUAAACUGGGUGACGCACUGGCCAAAGAAUACGACGUAUCUACGGUCGGCGACCUACUAACGAUCAGUCUCGAGGAAAUGCAACGCAAGUUUGGCGAAAAUUCAAUAUGGGUGUACGAGCUUCUCCGUGGGAUAGACCGUAGCGAAGUGAAGGAGAAAUCCGCCAUGUUCAAGAGUAUGCUAGCAUCCAAAAACCUCCCGAAGCCGAUAACCAACCCCUCCGAGGGGCAUCAUUGGCUUCGUGUCCUAGCAGCUGAGUUAGCGCUGAGACUGAAGGACUCUAGAGAAGCAAGCCCAAAUUUAUGGCCAAAAACCAUUGUAUUGCACGCCCGUAAAGGCUACGAGACUGCGCGUUCUAAGCAAGCUUCAUUCCCGUUUGUUCGGGAUAUAACGGUUGAUGUCAUCUCUGCUAUUGCUGAUAAGCUGUGGAAGGAAGUCACAGGGGAUGCCAAAAGUGUCUACGUGACCAACGUGCAACUUGCGUUCACUAAUAUAGAGGCGACGGAGGCUGGACAACAGAGCAUCGAAGGCUUCUUUAGGUCCAAGGGUUCAAUACACCAGAUUUUAAAACGAAAUCACGAGGAAGGGGACUCUACGGAAGGCCAGUCUCUUGGAUCAGGCAGUAAGCCACGUAGCAAGUCGUCCGACCCACCGAACGAUGACUCGUCCGUGUCGUUUGUGUGUGGGCGAUGCGGGAAGCGGGUUGUUCUGCCAGAUAAGGGCGAGCAGAGCGAUGAAGAUGGCGGGGCAGAGGCACGCCAAGCUGGAGUGCUGGCUGUGUUGCGUAUGGAACAUGACGAUUUCCAUUUUGCACAGGAUUUAGCCAAGUCAUCUGGAGCUGAUAUAUCGAGCUCAAAAGGGUCUUCACCGUCGAGGGCCACAAAGCGACGUAAAAAGCAGGUGGAACCAAAGGGAAUAGCGAAAUUUUUCAGAAAGAAGUGAGGUUACUUUGUGUUAAGUAGUGUAUAUUAGUAAAUUAUUCAUGAUGCCAAACAUGUAGGACUU